AUGGGGGCCGGCAAGCUUCCUGAGCAAGCAGUUGGGUUCCUCAGGGGAAUUACAAACGAAGAGAUUCUGGCGAUGCUCCGCGGGGAUAUUCAACUCCGCCGGCGGAACAGGACGAUUCGGAUGCUUUGGUGCCGUCGAUUGCCUGCGAAGGAGGAUGAUGUUAACCUUUUUGAGGAUUUGAAUACUAGUACAGAGGACCCAUAUAGAGAUAUUACCUCACUAGCCACAGAUUCCGAGGCGUCCUCCACCUUUGGAUACGAAGACUCAAGUUUACGAGACGAAUACCCCGGAUCAGCUACUUCGUCAAUUUCAAGCAAGACACAGAAACAAGAGCCGUUGUGGAAGCAUGAAUGUUGGGUGCAAAUUGAUGGAUUUCCGGAUGCUGUCGAAAUCGGCCGCGUGACGCGGAAAAUUUUAGGAUUUUUUCCUCGAGCAAGGCGAAAAUCGCUUGCCCCGCUAUCAACGCCCUAUGCCGACCUCGAUGAUAUCCCGCACUCCCUUUACCAAAAGCAAACGCACAAUACCAGGACUGCAAACGCCUCCUCUUCCUCUAUCAAUUCGUCCCCAUUCGAUUCUCACCUCUCACCAUCAUCCCGCACCUUCGACCGUUCUAAACCAAGUUUAAGAUCCUUCUCCAACCCAAACAUCCAUCGGUAUCGCAGCAGCUUCACCCUCUUAGGCCACGGUGGCGUAGGAACCCUGGGUCCCAACGUAAAAGUCCCCGGUCCCGCCGAAGAUAAGCUCAACCAAUUCGUAAAAACACAUCUACCUCAACUCGCGCUCUCUCCGCUGCAGUCAUCUCUUCAAAUCCCGCCAUCAUCAAACAGCUACGGCCGGCGUACAUCUGUAGAAUCUACAUCCACCGUCGUCUCGAAUACGUCGUCUACGGGUCUUGAGAACGUUGGCGGCGCCAUUGAAGGCUGGAUGCGCAAGAUGACCCGCAGUGCCAAGGCUGGUGUUACGGAGUUUCAGCAGCAGGACGGUCGUUUGGGCAUCGGCGGUAUGGGUGACCUGAUCGAGCUGGCCGAUACGCCGGAUGGGAAAGGAACCUCUAGUCAUAUUGAACCUGGUGUCGAUACAACUUCGUCGACCAGGGACGGGACAGGAAGUGACAUUAAUUUUAGUCCUCUUAUAUCGUCUAGGUCCGGGUCUGAAUCUGAAUCUACUAUCGGGCUCUUCACAUCCAGAGAUGGUAGUAACGGCAGUGUAAGAGGUAGGAGGAAGAAAGGCGACUGA